GCGUACCCUUCUUUACAUCUCGACGCAAGUAGGUGGGAGUCGAAGUAUAUAACCUCUUUGCCAGUUUGGUCACAACACACAACCAGUCUUCGGCUAUAGGCGGAGACACACAGCAACAUGAAGUACCUGGUUGUUCUAGCAGCCUCACUGGCCGUGGUCGCCUUUGCCGCGGAGGAGAAAGGUGAAUCAAAAGCGGCCGCCGAAGACAAGAAACAGGAGAAGAGAGGGAUCCACGACUUCGGAUCUUACGGAGGGGGUUCCAGCUACGGCGACUUCGGCAGCCAUGGAGGUCACGAGUUCGGACAUGUGUCCAGCGACUGGAAGCCUAUCUCCAGCGGAGAGUCCUACGGACACGGCCACGAGCACCACCACCACCACACUGAGCACGUCAAGCACGUAGAGGUCAUCAAGAAGGUGCCCGUUCCCUACACCGUUGAGAAGCACGUGCCUUACACCGUUGAAAAGAAGGUGCCUUACGAAGUCAAGGUCCCCGUACCCCAACCCUACACUGUCGAAAAGAAGGUCCCAUACACCGUGAAGGAGUACGUGAAGUACCCCGUGUACGUCCCUGAGCCCUACACAGUGGAGAAGAAGGUGCCUUACGAAGUGAAGUACCCCGUCGACAAGCCCUACGAAGUCAAGGUUAAGGUGCCCACCCCGUACACCGUUGAGAAGAAGAUCCCCUACGAAGUCAAGGUCCCGGUACCCCAGCCCUACACCGUCGAGAAGAAGGUCCCUUACCCAGUGAAGUACGAGGUCAAAGUGCCCCAGCCCUACGAGGUGAUCAAGAAGGUGCCCUACGAAGUUAAGGUGCCCGUCGACAAGCCCUACAACGUAUACGUGCCUAAACCCUACCCAGUCCACGUUGAGAAGCCUUACCCAGUCACCGUACACAAGCCUGUGCCUUACGAAGUCAAGGUCCCAGUCGACAAGCCCUACAAGGUCGAGGUUGAGAAGCCGUACCCAGUCCACGUCAAGGUCCCAGUGCCCCAGCCCUACGACGUCUACAAGAAGGUUCCCUACACCGUUGAGAAGAAGGUGCCUUACGAGGUGAAAGUGCCCAUUGACAAGCCGUACCCGGUCUACAAGGACGUGCACUUCCCAUUGGUGAAGGAGGUCCCAUACCCCGUGAAGGUCCACGUGCCGGUGUACUUCAAGAAGGAGGAGGAGCACCACGGGCACCACGAGGAGCACCAGGAGCACCAGCCCCAGGAGCACCACGGCUGGCACUGAGUGGAAUCCUAGUAUUAGCUCUCACCCCAGUACCUUAUAGGCUUAAGUCGAAAUGUGAUCAACUCAUAGUAUUUUAGUUAUGUACAGCAAAAUUUCCAUCGUACGCGUGAGGAAGACCUGGCUUGAGGGAUGUCUUCGGAUAGGUUUGCUAGAUUCGAAACUGAAACGUUUCUCCGCUUAACAUCGUCGAUGCGAUGCGCGGACAUCCCGUUUUGUAAUUGAGAAGGAUGUUAUAUUGUUAAUAGCUUUUAAUUGCUUGUUUUUUUUAAAUGUAUAUAUGUACUUUAUCGAAGUACUUUGUACUUCAAUUUGAGGCUGACUUUUAAUAAAAAAAGAUAUCAAACGUUAA